AUGGGUCCCCGGGCCCCUCAGGCUAUCAAGGACGAAGGUCCUGUCAAAGUACUGCCCCCCCGGCGUGAACUUCCCCCUCCAGAGUUCACGUCUCUUGUAAUGAACGUACUCAUUUUUUUGGCGUUUGGAUGCUCAGAUCUUCAUGAUCAUUGGAACUCCCUUCAAUCAGAUCGAGCCUUUGAAGCCCUUAGGAGGAAGUUGUGCUCUAUCCUGGGUAGCACUAUCACCACGGCAAGUGUCCUCCUCGCGAUAAGCGUUGCCUUCGUCAGUACGGCGUCUCCUGUGCCGUACCUGAAUUACUCAACACCUACUCCCUAUUGUCUACUUUUUAUGUCCCUCAUGCUCGCUAUAAUCGCGAUAUUGACAUCCGGCUCAAGUAUGGUGCGCUGGUUACAUACUGAUCGACGGUGGAUCCAAAAAAUUCUUGGUCGUGUUCCACCUAUUGUCGAUAAUCGUGCCUAUAUUCUUCGUUGUCUGUUCCCUGAAUUGUCUCGUAUCUGGUGUGUUGCUCCGUCAUUUAGUGCUGUUCCUGAUCCCUCAUGGAUUUCGCCCACAGCGAUGAUGACAGCAGGCCUUUCGUCUCACAGCACGGCCUCCCGCGCCGUCACGGCGUUCUGUCUCAUAAUCUAUGUCCUCAACAUCGGGACAAUAUUGAUGGAAGCUGGCGAACUCACUCAGCUUUUUGUAACAAACAUUGACAUGAGGCUGUUUUUCGACAUCGAGCCAUUGUCUUCUUUCAGCCCUGUACGGGCCUACUUGAAGGAUGUGCAGAUCACCCUAACCCUGUCCUCCAUUUACUCCAGCUAUGUCCGAAUCCUCCUUAACUCCCCGCGUAGCAUUCGACUAAAAAGAACCCUUGGAAUCAUUCACGCAUAUCAAAUUACAAUCCAUCAUGACGCUUUGCUCACGCGCCCUCUAUCUGACCUGCUCAAUGCUCUAUCGCUCCCCAAUUUGCACGCGCUUGAAGCACGCCACAGUGACCGCAGUGUAUCUUGGCCUCGUGAAGAUAUGAAGGCAUUGUUGGCACGGUCAAAGUGUUCUCUGGAGACCCUGACUAUCGGCGGUCGAGUGACGAUAACAGAUGAGUAG